AUGGCCGGAAGUCCCGAGAAGGACACUAAGAAAGUGGACGUAUCCGUUCAGCACGAAUGCCCGCUGAAUCUCCUUCCUCGCGAAAUUUGGUCGAUUAUUGCCACCAAGGUUGCAUCGAGUUCGAUUGAGGAUCUGUUUAACAUGCAGGCGACGUGUAAGGUUUUCCUCGGUGCGGCGAGAUCAGACGCUGUAUACAAGCAUGCGACGCGGUUUUUAGGUAACCACGACGGCCCUGAAAGGAGAUUCCUUGAUCGGUGCCUGGAAGUGGGAAAUGUGGAUGCUAUAGUCCGACAUGGGUUCGUGGAAUAUCUACGGUUUGGUCGCCGUGACAAAGGCAUGGAACUGCUUGCUAGGGCCUCAACGGAGGGCAGCGUCGAAGCAGGUUACCUGUCUUCCAUGUAG